AUGGGUUCGGUUUCGACUGCUUCCGCGUCCCCGUCUCGGCCCCCUGCAGGAAACCCGUCAGCCAAUUUCAAGAUCUGUGUUUCCUAUUGCGGCAAAGAUGCUUCACAAGGCACCACCCUCUCUAAUUGGAUUGAUUGUUACAACCCACAAGACAACUCAUGGAACAGAGUCACUACAAUCCCUGGCCUUCUGGAAAACCACGCUCUCAAAGGAUUUUCCAUGGUUUCAAUCGGAGAAUUCAUAUACGUCAUUGGCGGUCGCCUCUGCGAGAAUAUAGCUCCAGUCGACAACCAAAUCCGAAGCGAAUUGGAAGUUCGACGACAGGUUUGGCGUUACAACGUGCGUGAGAAUAAAUGGUAUAAAUGUGCACCCCUCAUCGUCCCUCGGUUCGACUUUGCUUGCGCUGUCAUCAACGACAAGAUUUACGUCGCUGGAGGGAAAUGCCAGCUCUGUACAGCUACUGGGAUGGCGUCUUCAGAAGUAUACGAUCCAGCACUGGACGAGUGGCAAUCGCUACCAGAUAUGAGUACUUCCCGACAUAAGUGUGUCGGGGUGACGUGGCAAGGAAAAUUUCACGUCAUCGGCGGAUUCGCCGGAAACAACGAUUACAUCGGCAAUAUGGAGAGAAGUUCUGCUGAAGUGUACGACGGCGAAGAAUCCCGUUGGAAUUUGAUAAUUGGAAUGUGGCAGCUGGACAUUCCACCGUAUCAGAUCGUCGCCGUCGAUGAUAAGUUGUUCAGCUCCGGCGAUUGUUUAAAUUCAUGGAAAGGGCAGAUUGAAGCAUAUGAUUGGAAUUUGAAUAUUUGGAAUGAGGUGGAAGGAUCUCAAUUCGAGGCUCUGUCAGCAACGAAAUUCGUCACGAUGGCGCCAGCUGGAGCUGACUUGUACUUCCUUGCAGGACGUAAGAUGCCAAAUCAUCCUUCUAGGAUGACGUCGGUUGUCCACGUGUUUGAUACGUUGGCAAAUGGUGACGCAUGGAGGAGUAUGGAGCCCAUUGAAGAGGAGGGCGAAAAGGAGCUUUGCAGCCAUUGCUGCGUGUCAACUUCCAACGCCCACCUCAAAAAGUUGACGGUCCUUAUCAGUCCCGCGUCCGAUAAAUCUUCACCGUCCAUUAAGCUUCUCGUGCUUCCGCCGCAUGCUGAGUCAUGUGUUCCGGCCAAUGAGAAAUGCGACGUGGCGAGAGGUGAUAGGCUGGAGGUUGUGCGUAUCCACGUUGGCGAUGCGGUCCCCGGGGUCAGGUUGGGUACGGUGCUUUUUCGAUGUGUCGUACGCAGAGGGCACGUGAAAGACUGA